AUGUUGCCCACGACGGCGUCCAAGGGCCGGGGGGCCGCCCGCUCCGCCCCGCCGCUCUUCGGCCCGUAUCUCCGCCGUAUCGUCAAGGUUGGUGUUGGUCUCCUCCUCCUCCUCGGAAUCCACAUUCACUCGUCCGGAUCUCUUGGCCAUGCAUAUGGCGCUGAUCUGGCGUACGGGUUUGCAAGGCUGCGUGGUGCUUCAGCUGCUGCGAUUUGCUGGGCUGGUGCCACAAAAAUCUCGAAUCUCGUUAGGGUUUCAUAUGUCGCGGAAAUGCGGGUUUGUCCAAGGUUCCUGAUAUCUUUAUUCUUAUUUACAGAAACAAAGAACCAGUGGGCUCGGGAUGAUCCUGCAUUUAUUGUCAUUCUAAUUCUUUUCCUUGUGUUUGCGACAUCAGCUUACUGUGCAGCAUUUGGAGAGAGUGCGCCCCAUGCUGCUUUAACAAUCAUCUCGGUUGUGUUUGUCCAUUUCUUGUUUGCUGGGCUAGUUUUGGCCACACUUUGCUGGUUUCUUACCAAUUCUUAUCUGAGGGAGGAACCUAAUAGCCAUGUGGUCGAACAACGUGUCGAAUGGCUGUAUGCGUUUGAUGUUCACUGCAACUCGUUCUUCCCUGCAUUCGUCAUCCUAUAUGUGCUUCAGUACUUUUUGUCGCCUCUGUUGAUCGCACAUGGAUUCUUGCCUGCCCUAUUAUCAAACCUCCUGUUCAUGGUGGCAAUUUCUUAUUAUCACUAUCUGAACUUUCUAGGAUAUGAUUCUUCCAUUUUUGGACCGAACGACAUUUUUCUUGUACCCAAUCGGACUUGUCAUCAUACUAUCGCCACUCAUGAUACUCAUAGGGUUUAA